AUGAGUUUGGAGCUGAAAUUGCAUAGUCCAGUUGGUGGGGAGUCCGUGAACUACAAGUGGCCACUGGUCAUAGGGGAUGAAAGAGAUGAAAGCCAUGAACUCAUCGAGACUAUCAAGUGGGUUUGUGAAGAUGUGCCAGACUUGAAGAAAGCUUUGGAGAAGAUUGAUGCUCUGACUGUAUACGAUCCAAGAAGUUACGAGAGUAUGAAGAAUCUCUGCGACAGGUACAACAGAGCCAUUGAUGGCUUGAGGCAGUUGGAAUGGGGAUCUAUGAAAUUGCCUUCAUCAUCCUGUUCUUCACCAUCUUCGUCAUCAUCUUCAUCACCAUCCUUGUUAUCACCGUCCCUGCCAUAUGCAUGCAAUGGAUUGUUGAAACAUAUUCUGCAAGUUUCUUACAACAGAGCCAUCGAGGACCCCGACAAACUCAACCAAUAUGAACCUUUUUCUCCUGAGGUUUAUGGGGAAACAAGUUUUGAACUGGUUCAUGAACUGACAAAGGUCAUUUCAUUCGGCGAGGAGGACAUAUUCAUUGACCUUGGCAGUGGUGUCGGCCAGGUAGUUCUGCAAGUAGCUGCAGCAACAGGUUGUAAACUUUGUUAUGGUAUUGAAAAAGCUGAUUGGCCCGCUAAGUAUUCCAAGGACCUAUCACGAGAGUUUCUAAAGUGGAUGAGUUUUUACGGCAAGCGACAUGGCAUGUUUCAUUUGGAGAGGGGGGACUUCCUCAAUGAAGAUAAGUUGGAGAUUAUCAAUUCAGCCAGCAUCAUAUUUGUCAACAACUUUGCGUUCGGGCCACAUGUUGAUCACCAGUUAAAGUUGAGGUUUGCAAACGUAAAGGAGGGUGCCAGAAUCGUGUCAUCCAGAGCUUUCUGCCCACUCAACUUCCACAUCACAGAUAGAAAUUUAUCAGACAUAGGAACAAUCAUGACUGUUGAGGAACUGACCGCCCUGCCCGCCGCUGUCUCGUGGACGGACAAACCAUUUGCAUACUACCUCCACACCAUCGACCGAUCGCUGUUGGAGAAGUACUUUAAAAACUUGAAGAGUAACUCGGAAGGAAAUUACAGGAAGUGCAACGGGGAGAAGAUGAAGAGGAAGAUUAUGAAUGGAUCAUCUAAGGUGAUGAAGAUGAUGGCGAUGACGAUGAUGACGACAUUAAUGAUGAUGGUGACGUCACAAAAAAUUAUGAUGGUGAUUUUGAUUGCAAUGUUUGACAGGUUGGCUCAUUAG